UUGCUUUCAUUUUAUUAACACCCGUCUCCUACUUUUCUUUCUGAUAGGAGGAAAACAGUUAACUGAAUUUGCAUCGGAGAGAUUCUUUCUUGGUAUUCUUUCGUGGAUUGACAGAUUGAUUGAUUUUGAUAGCAGCCCAGAUUCAAAGAUCCUGUCUUUUUUGGGCUCACGACAACAAAAAUGGAGGAAGCUACUGUGGUCGAAACCAAUGAUGGAACUGUUUCUGUGGCUUCUGCAUUUGCUGCUCAUCAAGAAGCUGUGAAGGAUAGAGACCACGCAUUCUUAACAAAGGCAGUUGAAGAAGCGUAUAGAGGGGUAGAAUGUGGGGAUGGAGGCCCUUUUGGUGCUGUUGUUGUACGCAAUGAUGAAGUGGUUGUGAGUUGUCACAACAUGGUCUUGAAGAACACAGAUCCAACUGCCCAUGCUGAAGUCACUGCAAUAAGAGAGGCAUGCAAAAAGCUCCAGCAGGUUGAGCUUUCGGACUGUGAAAUCUAUGCUUCUUGCGAGCCUUGCCCCAUGUGCUUCGGUGCUAUCCAUCUGUCACGAAUUAAGAGGUUGGUUUAUGGGGCCAAGGCUGAAGCAGCAAUUGCUAUUGGGUUUGAUGAUUUUAUUGCUGAUGCAUUAAGAGGUACUGGUUUCUAUCAGAAGGCUCACUUGGAGAUCAAAAGAGCAGAUGGCAAUGGGGCUGCCAUUGCAGAACAGGUCUUUGAGAAAACAAAGGCAAAGUUCCAAAUGUAUUGAAUACUUAGGAUUCCCCUUUCCAUUAUUUGUCAUUAACUGAUCAGUCAUUCUGAAUGGCUUCAUUUCUAAUGCAAUUGUUUAAUAAUGGUUUAUACACUAUCAAGCUAGACAUUGAUAUGCCUCACUAUGAUGCAUACAUGCUUGGUUGAUCCCAUUGAUGGAGAUAUACCAUCCAUCUCCUUUAA